CUUGCAUUGGUAGCGCUGCAAGCGCUGGCGUUUCACUACCCUUAGCAUAAACCUUUGUCUUCCGACACCGUACUUUGAGCAUCAUUAAAACCCGUUUCUCUUCCUUGUACAUCGCAUGUGCAUUUCUGUAUACAAUUUCAAACCUCUGCAUACUUGGUACAGAUUCAAGUUUCAUGCGCACAACCUAGGAGAAGACCACACCAACCUUACCCAGCGUCACAACGGGCCAAAAACAUCAAGAUCCGCCUGCAUAUGCCAUCUUGUGAUAGCCAUCUAUCAAGCUAGAAAGACAUCAAUGCGAUGUUCGCAAACCUCCAGAUACGACCUGCACCUGCCAAGACCCGACGCCGCAAGCCUAGCUUAUCCAUCCGCGCUGGCGUUACAAAGCGCAGGGUUUCGACUGUGUCAGCCGUGAGUGCCAGCAAUGUGCCCUCGAUGAGCUUCAUGGAGGGGUUGUUUGGCGAUGAGUUUCCCGAAGCUUUUGGGAGCGGGGCUCGGAACAAGAAGACCAUCACAGACUUGCCGGCAGAGCUACUCGAAAUCGUAUGCGAACAUAUCUCUAAGCUCGACAUCAAGCGAUUGCGGCUCGUGAGCAAGCACUUCGCAUCCAGCGUGUAUCUACGCAUAGAUCGCAUCUACGUCUCGCCUAAUCGAGCUAAUCUGGACUAUCUACAUCAGAUUCUGGCCCAUCCUACAUACCCUGGCCGUGUGCGCGAGAUUGUUUGGGACGAUGCUUUGCUCAAAGAGUAUUCGACGUUGGAGGGAUUCCGUGCCGCAAUCAUCGCCGACGAAAGAGAGACUACCAGAGCCAUUGAACGUCGACUUGAGGAAGCCAUGGAGAUCUAUGGUGAUAGUGAUCCCGAUUACCGACCAUUGGAAAUGGAAGACUUACUUCAGGAUGGUCGAUUGACUGAGGCUGCGAAGGAAAUCCUUCUGCGAUACGAUGAUCAGUUCUCAAGAGAUGUUCUUGCUAGGAAUGCCACAAUGAUGAGCAUUGAAGACAGCUACGCGUUAUAUCAGGAACUGUAUCGCCAGGAACAAGAGCUUGUGGAACAGCAAAUCGAUGCGAUGGCACUGCAUCAAGCCCUGAAUGGCUUUCCAAAUGUGAGAAGAAUAACGCUAACGACUGACACUUGGCCCGCAUGUAAUGUCGUGCCUCGAUACAAUACCCCCUAUCAUCGUUCGUUACCUCUAGGUUUCCGCAAACCAGCUGUCUGGCCAUGGCUUCGGUCCGACCAGGAGUCAGAGGAUAUGUUUGCUCAGUGGCACCCUAGUGCUGCCAACCCGCCCAAGAACGCAAAGCCCUUGCCAGCGGAACACAGGAACUACGGCGUUGUGGUGUCUGCUAUACUCGCCAUGCCAGAUCCGCACAUCGAAGAGUUCAUAGUCGAAUCUGAACACCAAGCAAGGUCCUAUUACCACUGCUUCCUCACCGAAACUUCACAGAAUUACCGACUUACGAAACAAAUGUUCCAGCGGACACGCUUGAAGCGCCUAAAAAUGAUUUUCACUCCUCCAAAUGACUAUCUUAUGAGUCCAGAAGGCUUGAACAAUCUCAAGUCUCUACUGGUAGAACUACAGUACCUCGAAUAUCUUGAUCUUGGCUUCAACGAUAGUAGAUCAGGCCGGUCUUGGCGCUUCUUUCUACGAUUCAAUCCCAUCCCUGAGGCCAUGAGAUCGCGCUUGCGGUGUCUCACCCUGCGGAAUGUGAAGCUGUCAGAGGAGGACCUCAGAGACAUGUUUACCACGUCGCCAAACUUACAAAACGUCACAUUACAUGAUUGUUUUCAGCGGAUGCGUCCAGGAUGUAAUUGGCCGUGGCUCUUUAAGCAACUACGAGAUUAUUACCACGGCGAAGUCAAUGUUAGCAAACCAAGCUUUACAGUUCUGGCACCCCUGUCUCGUCAAUACUCACAGCUUGUCAAUGAGGAGGUGGACGACUUUUUGUAUGGCGAUGGAACCGCCGAGCGUCCGUUUGUAACUUCGCCACCAAGACCAGGGGCUAACGCUCUUAAACCACACAUGGGAUGGAAAGUUUGGGAUAUGGACGAAAGCGUGAGAGAACGAAUGGCUGAGGUAGCUGAAAGGGAGGAGAUGCAAGAACGCGAUGACGAGAUGUAGUGGGAAGGUUGGAACUUGACACAUGUCAAGCGUAGCCUAGAAAGCGAAAAAUAGUCGCCACACCAGGGUUCGACAUAAGGUUCGAGUAUCUCUAGAUACUCAUGGCGUCUUUGCAAGAGCUACCUACACUUAUGAACCCAGUAUUCGAACGCUCGCAAAAAUACACACACACAUAUGAUAAGAUUAUGGGCUCCCAUCGUAUCGGUUUAGAUUUGGUCUGCUGAUACGUCUGGUCCAAACUCUGUGAGCCGUAUUCAUCGCACGUCUAUUGGAGGACACUUCUAGGAUAUUGCCGCGAACUGAACGUGGAAAGCGGUGGUAGAUAGACGAAAGGAGAUGACAAUAUGGAGUGGAAUGGGGUGGCAGAAUUAGGGUUUCCGUGACCAAACAACGAUUGAGAGAACCUAAGAGACGUCAAGUUUCUACCAGUCAAUCCGA